AUGAACCCCACGGACCAGGGCGCACAGAUCGAGCCGCUGCUGCUGCCAUCGGUUAACCCUUCGUAUGGCUCGUCAUUUGGACGUAGAAGUUUGAGAAACGACGAUGAGGCCGUGGUGGACAGAGGGGGGACGCGCUAUCAACAGGGAACCAACUUCGAGCAGGAGGAAGACCACAAGACUCUCUACAUCGGGGUCCACGUCCCGUUGGGCAGCACCAGGCACCGCAGCCAUCGCAGGCACCGUCAUGGGAACAAGCACAGGAGGAGGAGCAGGGACCGGGCUCUCCCAUUGGUCGAGGGUAGAGAGUCUCCUCUUUAUGACACCCCUUCCCAGAGAGUGCAGUUCCUGCUGGGCGCCGAGGACGACGACGAGGAGCACAUUCCUCAUGACCUGUUCACAGAGAUGGAUGAGAUCUGUGUGAGGGAGGGCGAGGAUCCGGAGUGGAGGGAAAGUGCCAGGUGGCUGAAGUUUGAAGAGGAUGUUGAGGACGGAGGGGAGCGAUGGAGUAAACCCUACGUGGCCACCCUGUCUCUGCACAGUCUGUUCGAGCUGCGCAGCUGCAUCAUCAACAGCACCGUGCUGCUCGACAUGAGGGCCAACUCCAUCGAAGAGAUCGCAGACAUGGUCCUGGACCACCAGGAAUUGUACUCGCCACUGGGGGAUGAGCUCCGGCUGAAAGUGCGUGAAACACUGUUGAAGCAGCACCAUCACCAGAACCAGAAGAAGCUGGCUAACCGCCUGCCGAUCGUACGCUCCUUUGCUGACAUGGGGCGACGGACAUCGGACCCCCACCUGGACAAGAAUGGUCAGAUGUCGUCCUCCCAGUGUCACCUAGCGGGUCCGGAUGGGAAAGUGGACGUCAGCAGGGAAAACACUUCUGUCGACUUCAGCAAGAUAGACCUUCACUUCAUGAAGAAGAUCCCAGUCGGCGCUGAAGCUUGUAACGUGUUGGUGGGAGAGUUGGAGUUUCUGAACAAACCCGUGGUGGCGUUCGUGCGUCUCUCCCCGGCGGUUAUGCUCAACGGUCUGUCUGAAGUCCCCAUCACCACGAGGUUUCUGUUUAUUCUCCUGGGGCCUUUGGGUAGAGGGAUGCAAUAUCAUGAGAUUGGAAGAUCCAUUGCAACACUUAUGACGGAUGAGGUUUUCCAUGACGUAGCCUAUAAAGCUAAAGACCGUAACGAUCUGAUCGCUGGGAUCGAUGAAUUCCUCGACCAGGUGACAGUGCUGCCUCCAGGAGAGUGGGACCCGUCCAUACGGAUAGAGCCACCCAAAAAUGUACCAUCUCAGGAGAAAAGGAAGAAAUGUAAUAUUUUACCAAACGGUUUAGUCGAGGGUGAGGAGGAGGAGGAAAUUGGAGGUCAUGGUGGUCCUGAACUGCAACGCACUGGGAGGUGGUUCGGUGGUCUCUUUCUAGACAUCAAGCGAAAGGCCCCCCACUACCUGUCUGACUACACGGACGCUCUGAGUUUGCAGUGCGUGGCCUCUUUCCUGUUCCUCUACUGUGCCUGCAUGUCCCCUGUCAUCACCUUCGGAGGACUGCUGGGCGAGGCAACAGAAGGACGCAUAAGUGCAAUUGAGUCGCUGUUUGGAGCCUCGCUGACUGGAAUAGCCUACUCCCUGUUCGCCGGGCAGCCCCUCACCAUCCUGGGCAGCACGGGGCCGGUGCUUGUAUUCGAAAAGAUAUUGUUCAAAUUCUGCAAGGAGUACGGCUUAUCCUAUCUGUCCCUGAGAACAUGCAUCGGCCUGUGGACGGCGUUCCUCUGCAUCGUGCUGGUGGCCACAGACGCCAGUUCCCUCGUCUGUUACAUCACGCGCUUCACGGAGGAAGCCUUCGCCUCACUCAUCUGCAUCAUCUUCAUCUACGAGGCCUUGGAGAAACUCAUCCACCUGGGGGAACACUAUCCCUUCAACAAGAACAACAACCUGGACAAACUCAGCAUGUACUCAUGUUCGUGCGUCGAACCGUCUGACCCCGCCAACGGCACCCUGAGGUUCUGGGAGACCAACAACAUCACUGCCUCAGAAAUCUACUGGGAAGCUCUGGAGGUCAAGGACUGUAUCGCGAAACGAGGCGAGUUUGUGGGCAGCGCCUGUGGCCCGCACGGCCCCUAUGUUCCUGACGUCCUCUUCUGGUCGGCCAUUCUCUUCUUCUCCACUGUCAUCAUGUCUGCCUUCCUAAAGGAGUUCAAGUUCAGCAAUUACUUUCCCACAAAGGUGAGGGCCCUCAUCAGUGACUUUGCCAUUUUCUUCACCAUCCUAACGAUGGUGUUAGUCGACUACGCAUUAGGGGUUCCCUCUCCGAAGCUGCAGGUUCCCAGUGAGUUUAAGCCGACCAGGGAUGAUCGAGGCUGGUUCAUUAACCCGCUGGGGCCCAACCCCUGGUGGACGGCAGUCAUAACAGUGAUCCCAGCUCUGCUCUGCACCAUCCUCAUUUUCAUGGACCAGCAGAUCACUGCUGUCAUCAUCAACAGGAAGGAGCACAAGCUUAAGAAAAGCUGUGGCUAUCACCUGGACCUAUUCGUGGUGGGGGUGAUGCUGGGCGUGUGCUCUCUGAUGGGUUUGCCAUGGUUCGUGGCGGCCACCGUGCUCUCCAUCACCCACGUCAACAGCCUGAAGCUGGAGUCCGAGUGCUCGGCCCCCGGCGAGCAGCCCAAGUUCCUCGGCAUCAGAGAGCAACGAUUUACAGGCCUCAUGAUCUUCACCCUCAUGGGCUGCUCCGUGUUCAUGACGUCUGUGCUCAAGUUCAUUCCUAUGCCUGUGUUGUACGGAGUGUUCCUUUACAUGGGGGCAUCGUCUCUCCGAGGCAUUCAGUUGUUUGACCGCCUGACACUGUUCGGUAUGCCAGCCAAGCACCAGCCAGACUUCAUCUAUCUCCGCCACGUACCCCUGAGGAAGGUGCACCUGUUCACCAUCAUCCAGCUCACCUGCUUAAUUCUGCUCUGGGUCAUCAAGACCUCCAAGGCUGCCAUCGUCUUCCCUAUGAUGGUGUUGGCGCUCGUGUUUAUUAGGAAGCUAAUGGACUGCAUCUUCACCAAGAGAGAGAUGAGCUGGCUGGAUGACCUCAUGCCAGAGAGCAAGAAGAAGAAGCUCGAGGAUGCUGAUGAGGAGGAGGAGCAGAGUAUACUGGCAGAGGACGAGGGAGUCGUGCAAGUGCCAUUAGAAGGGUACAAAGGGAUACCCGUCAUCGACAUCACAGACGAAAUGUCAAAAGGCUCUUUUGGAAAUACUUGGAAUGCAAACGGCUGA